AUGGCAAUUCCAGCUUAUACAACUGUUACAAGUGAUAGUGCUCCAUCCAUGGCUGUUUUUCCAAUUAUUGAUCACAAUCACCCACUAUUUCUGCAACAUACAGACACUCCAGUGUUGCAUGAUCAAUGGGAGAAAUGCAAUGUUGUGGGGUUAUCCUGGAUUAUGAAUGCAGUUCGACCUGGACUGCUGAGCUCUGUUGUGUAUGCUUCUAAUGCUCACAAAGUGUGGUUGGAUCUGAGAGAGAAGUUUGACACUGUGAAUGGAUCUAGAAUCUUCCAUCUCCACAGGGAAAUUCACACUCUCUCACAAGGAACAAUGUCAGUUGCUGACUACUUCUCAAAAUUAAGAGACCUCUGGGAUGAGUAUGAUGCACUCAUGCCCUGUCCCUCAUGUCCCUGUCCAGAAUCAAGGAAAUUUGGAGAACAUUGUCCUACCUACACUCAUGGAUAUGGCUCUUUCAAGGGAAGUUCGUCAAUGACAAGUGGAGGUCCUAAUGGUGGUGCUAGCACUUCUGGAAGUUACAAGGGAAGGAGGCCAUUAUUGCAAUGUGAUCAUUGUGGCUGCAAGGGUCAUUCCAAAGAUCAAUGUUACAAGAUAGUUGGAUGUCCAGCUGAUUUUAAGUCUAAAAGGAAAGGUAAAUCCUCAAGGAGCUUUGCCAAUCAAGUUGAACCAUCUCAAAGCCUUGAACCAAGAGUUCACUCAACUACAGUUCAGCAGCCUAGAGCUCUCUUUACUCAGGAUCAGUAUCAACAGAUCCUGCAACUGUUAUCCAGGUCUGGUGAUGAAACUACAGUUACUCCUCCUGCUAGAGUGGCUUAUGCGGAUGCAGUAGACACUGGAGCUACUCAUCACAUCACCUCUCACCUUAACACACUAGCUACAAGUACAGAAGCACCUGCUAACUCAGACAGUAGAGUAAAUUUGCCAAAUGGAAAUACAGUUUCAGUGUCUCAUAUUGGCUUCUUUCCUAACUUCUGUAUCCUCCGGGAUCUCUCCACUGGUCAGGUGAAGGGGAUUGGUCUGGAGUAUCAUGUACUCUACAUACUAAGAGGAGGAUCACAUCAAGGACCACAUCAAGCUCCAAAGAAGCUGGUCAAUAAUAGUAGUAGCAGUCCUGCUAGUGAUAAUGGUAGUAAAUGUCUACUUGAGUCUAUGUCCAAUUCUUUGUCUAAGUCUAAAUCUGCUGAUGUAUGGCAUAAGAGACAUGUAGUAUUUCAUGAACAUUCAUAUCCAUUUAAAGAUCUCCAAGCAUCUUCUAACCCCAUAUUUCCAGUCCUAGAAGCAGUACUAACAUAUGCUGACACUUUGGGUGAACCCUCGGUAUUGAAGGCCUACUCAGCUAUCUGUGAACCUGCAUCAUUUCAUGAAGCUGCUUCUGACCCUGCAUGGGUAAAAGCUAUGGCACUGGAAAUAGCAGCAUUAGAAAAAAGAUACAAAGCAAGGUUGGUGGCAAAGGGAUUCAGUCAAAAGGAAGGCAUUGAUUUUGGUGAAAUCUUUAGCCAUGUGGCUAAGAUGGUUACAGUCAGGUCAGUGGUGGCUCUUGCAGCAUCUAGGGGUUGGUACAUCUAUCAGAUAGAUGUCCACAAUGCUUUCCUCAAUGGUGAUCUACUAGACGAGGUGUACAUGACUAUUCCUAGUGUGAUAGUGCUAGUGUAUGUGGAUGAUCCUCUAGUUACAGGAAGUAAUCAGAAGCUCUUGUGUGACACCAGUCAGGAGAUUCAAAAGAAAUUCAAGAUGAAGGAUCUAGGUGAACUAAAGUUCUUUCUGGGAAUUCAGUUUUCUAGGUCCAACAAAGGCAUACUCAUGUCUCAAAGAAAGUAUGCAUCAGAUUUAAUAUCUGAAUCUGGGCUAGGGGGAGCAAAGCCAGCUUGCACACCACUUGAGAUGAAUCAGAAACUCACUUCUGUGCAGUAUGAUGAACACAUUAAUAAUGGAAUUCCUGAAGGUGAUACCAUUCUCACAUACACUACAAAGUACCAAAGAGUGGUAGGGAAGCUUUUGUCCCUUACCAUGACUACACCUGAUCUUGCAUUCUCUAUACAAGUGUUGAGUCAAUUCAUGCACUGCCCUAAAAAGUCACAUAUGGAGGAAGCUUUAAGAGUGGUGAGAUACAUUAAAGAAGCACUUGAUUUAGGCUUGUUAAUGUCAGCAAAAGACACCAGCAAACUAAUAGCCUAUUGUGAUUCUGACUGGGAGCAUGUUUAG